GCUGACCAUAUCAGUGGGCUAUUUUGGACUAUCUCUUGACACUCCUAACUUGAAUGGGAACAUCUAUGUGAACUGCUUCCUACUGGCGGCUGUUGAAGUCCCAGCCUAUGUACUGGCCUGGCUGUUGCUGCAGCAUGUGUCCCGGCGUUAUUCUAUGGCUGGUUCCCUCUUCCUGGGUGGCAGUGUCCUUCUCUUAGUACAACUGGUGCCUUCAGACUUACAUUACUUGUCCACUACCCUGGUGAUGGUGGGGAAGUUUGGCAUCACCUCUGCCUACUCGAUGGUCUAUGUGUACACAGCUGAGCUGUACCCCACUGUGGUCAGAAACAUGGGUGUGGGGGUCAGCUCCACAGCAUCCCGCCUUGGCAGCAUCCUGUCUCCCUACUUUGUUUACCUUGGUGCCUAUGACCGCCGCCUACCUUAUAUGCUCAUGGGAAGUCUAACCAUCCUGACAGCUAUCAUCACUUUAUUCUUCCCAGAGAGUUCUGGGGUUUCUCUCCCAGAAACCAUUGAUGAGAUGCAAAAGGUCAAAAAACUAAAACAAAUGCAAUCCCUAAACAAGAAAGGGUCCCCGAAGGAGUCUAAAGGAAAUGUGUCCCGAACCUAAAGGCUUUUAACACCUAGUCCAGAAGCUGAUUGAACUGAACUGAAAACCUGUAUGUUGUCAGAAAUACUGUCAGUGACCGAGUGCUUUCUGUUGUGUUGGCAUUGUGUCUAACUAGCAUCUGUCCUGGAGAGUCACCUUCCUCUAGGGCCGCCAAGGCUAACUACACACAGCUUGCACAUCCCAUCACAGUGGUGGACCUUGGGCCUUCCAAAGAAAUAAAUUGAGUCUCUUGAACAAGCAGGACUUGGAAGACUAUAAGAAACAUCUGCUAGACAUGCUUUGUUAUUUUGUAAGACCUGAUAAGGGUGCACAUAGAACAGCAGGUCUGUUUUUCCCUCCUUUCCUUAACUGCAGAACUUAUAGGAAAGGAAUAAGUGUGGCUCAGGGGCAGUGUCCUUGUCUAGGUUACACAGGGCCCUGGGUUUGAUCAAGUGCACCAAAAGGAAACAAAAAAAAAAAUCUUUUCAGAAAAUAAAUGAUUCCAUGGAUAGUUUGAUUUCUCGUCUUUUCUCAGUUAAAAAGUUUUAACUGCAACGCUCUUAACUCGUGACAUAACACAAGACUGAGGGAGCCCAAAGGAAACUAAGGUGGAAGCUGGUCCAUAAAGCAGACAAUGUGUGGACUGUGACUGCUCAGUCCCACAGCCAGGUACUGUGUGUGUGGUCAGGGUCCUGGGCUUGUCCAGGCCCUGUGAGAAAUCUACUGUUGAGGCCAAGGCUUGUCUUCCACUGCUGUGUAAAUCAGAAUUCUGGCUGCCAGCCACUUAUCUGUGUCUUGAAGGAAAUGUAUGGAUAACAGAGUGUCCCUUCCCUCUCCCAGCACUGUCAUGGGGAGUUUGUUUGUUUGUCAUCUGCUGUUUGUGUCUCAAGCUAUUUGUCCCUUAGCAGAAGCUUGGGAACUGCCUGUGUUCCCCAGCCCAGGGUCACCCUGGCUGGUGUGCAGUUACCACCAUACAAGGCCUUCCCAAUCUUAGCCACUAGAGCUGCUCUGAGUGCCAAAACUAAUAACACUAUGCUUCUUCCUUUUACGAUGUGUAAUCAUGAGGAAAAUUACAAGAAAGAAAUGUAAAUUGUGUUCACAGUCUCUCAGAGUAGCUGGCUGCAGGCAUGUCACAUCGGUGGGUGUUUUGUGUUCAGUGUGAUUGUCUUCUCUUCUGAUUAUGUUGCCAUGGUGCUCCGAAAGCACAUGCUUCACCCACUUACAAUACAAAACAAACACAAAAACCUGUAUUUUGUGAAGGCUACUGAAGUGCCUUGGGCAAUGAAAUGGUUUUAAUAAACUAUUUUUUAAAAAUAAAUAAAUAAUAGC